UUUUUUCUCUCCUGGGAAGUGGAAGGCAGGAACUUAGAAAGUGAGAUAUAACUAAGAAGGGUCUGUUAAUGAGGACGACAACGUAUUUCCCACACUAGCCUUUGUCAGAGCUCUCUAAGACUACUCCCAGGUUCAGCGAUUGGAUAGAAGGAUUCAUAGGUUUCAGCAGGUAGUCACAUUCAUGGCUAAGAUAUGGUAGACUGAAAAGGUACAAAGCAAAAUCAACAAAGGAAAAUCAGACACAAUCUCCCCAGAAUAUUCUCCUUGUGAGUCACGUAGGAUGCACUUAAUUUUCUGAAUAACAAGGUAUGAGAACUUGUGUGAAGUGUUGUCUAUCAGGGAAGCUCAUCUGAACAUAAGAAUUUAGGGUCUUUAUCAGGGGUUAGUCAAGGGCACAGACUGUCAGUGCGACUGAUAGCAGUCACUGAAAUUCCAGAUACCUAGAAGGAAAGAAGAUGUUUUAGGAGAAAUGAGCUACUUUUCUCAUUUAGAAAAAAUUUUGCAUUAGUAUAGGCAAUGAUUUUACCAGCCAAGUUCCCAGACACCAGCCAAGGGCCAGUCUUGUAUGCAGGCAUUCCUAAGGAGACUCGUCUUGGACCUGGUAGGUGAAGUCAUGAACUUUUGUCUGUGCACAUAUGUGAUGUGUAUACAUUCCUGACUUACAUGAUCUCAGUUAUGGAAAUGGUUCAGCUGCACCCAGUAAAUAAGUAGUUCUCUGGAGUACGGAAGCUGAGGUCUACUAAUGAAACCGUGCCCCAGAGAGUUAAUCAGUGGCAAAGAGAAAUUCUUGAAUUUAUAGGAUUGGUUGAUAAAAACAAAAAACAAAAACAACUUUCUGAAACACUGAAAUUCUCUCUGCUUUUAAGAUAACAAAACUGGCUGAAAUCAGUUGGAACCAAUAUGGCAAACUAGAGUCUACAUAGUAUGAGCUUGCUGAGACCACAGCCCACAUUUCCACUGCAUGUUUUGUACUAACUCCCCCGGAAUUUACAUAUGUGACCCAUGAGACAGCAUGAAGAGAUACUGCACAUAACCAAAGCCUUUUCAGCCACCCUUUUCUUUCUGCCAAUCUCCUGCUAUCCCCAAAUUCACUCCCUCAAUGUGUUCUAAUAAAAAUACUGCCUUAAAAACAGUACAUGGAGACAGAUUUGAGCUAGACUCCUGUCUCCCUGUUGGUUGACCUACAAAAAAGUCUUUCUUUUCUCAAAAACCCAGUGCCAUAGUAUUGGCUUCUAACACAUUAAACAGUGAACUUUUUUGCUUGGUAACAGUGAUUGGAGGUACAGGAAUUGUGUAUUUUGAAAUAAAGCACCCUCUUGUAAUUACUGAUACACUUCCAAAAGAGAGAGAGAGGAAUGUAGGAAGGAGGGAAGAAAAAAAGUUUAAACAGACAGAUGGACAAACGGAUGGACCUGAGGUUCAGGAGGUUGGAGGGAAUAUGCCAAAGCAAUUUAUAUCAUGAAUGAAAUAAACAGUAGAAGGUUGUUUGCCUUGGCACCUUAAUAGCAGAGGCAUCCAGAUAACAGAGUCAUUUCGGAAAGAUGUCUUAAGUCAUUAAUUACUUUUACUUGAACCAUUCUAAUAAUUGAAAAAGUAUUUACUUAGAAUGUAGCUCAUGGCAACGCUAUCAUCAGUGCCUGGGUUUCAAGGGGUGAAGCAUUGUUGACAUAGGGUUCCAGCGCCUUUGGAACGUUAAGUCUUCCAUUGUUCCAAUGGAUGCUCACAGUAAUCCUUAGUGAGCUUGCUGCUAACACAGAUGGGGACAGUUUGUUCUCAUGUCUAUGAUGGGUGAACAAAAAUUAUUUGCUGGCCCCCAGGAUACUAAUUAGACCUUUGGCCUGACUCACAGGAUAUUAAGGCUCCAUUUCUGAAGAAACCUUUUACCAGUCUAAUUUAGGGGAUGGGAACAUGUCUUCACCUAGGGACUUUAGAGCAGAGUCUGUAAAAGAUUAUGAGGGAAAUGACUCUGAAGAAGAAGACCUGAAUUUCAGGGAGACUUUGCCUUCAUCAAGUAAGAAAAACACACCUAGAUCAAAGGUUUUUGAGAAGAAAGUUAACUCAGAGAAGGUAAAACCUUCUCUUCGGAAUUUCCCACGUAAUGAUUAUGAGGAUAUUUUUGAAGAGCCUUCAGAAAGUGGCAGUGAUCCCAGCAUGUGGACAGCCAGAGUCCCCUUCAGAAGAGACAGGUUGAGCAGUGAGAACGAGGAGCCUGCAGGACCCUCACAGGCUCUCUCCCCACUACUUUCUGAUACACACAAAAUUGUUUCUGAAGGGGAACUACAUCAGUUGGCUCAGAUUCGGCCAUUAAUAUUCAAUUUUCAUGAGCAGACAGCCAUCAAGGAUUGUUUGAAAAUGCUUGAGAAAAAAACAGGAGCAUAUGAUAUCAUGCAGGAAUUUAUGGCUUUGGAACUGAAGAAUCUGCCUGGUGAGUUCAAAUCUGGGAAUCAACCAAACAACAGAGAAAAAAAUAGAUACCGAGAUAUUCUUCCAUAUGAUUCAACACGCGUUCCUCUUGGAAAAAGCAAGGACUACAUCAAUGCUAGUUAUAUUAGGAUAGUCAAUUGUGGACAAGAGUAUUUUUAUAUCGCUACUCAAGGACCACUGCUGAGCACCAUAGAUGACUUUUGGCAAAUGGUGUUGGAAAAUAAUUCUAAUGUUAUUGCCAUGAUAACCAGAGAGGUAGAAGGUGGAGUUAUCAAAUGCUACCCUUACUGGCCCAUUUCUCUGAAGAAGCCAUUGGAAUUGAAACACUUCCGUGUAUUCCUGGAGAACUACCAGAUACUUCAAUAUUUCAUCAUUCGAAUGUUUCAAGUUGUGGAGAAGUCUACAGGAACUAGUCACUCUGUAAAACAGUUGCAGUUCACCAAGUGGCCAGACCAUGGCACUCCUGCCUCAGCAGAUAGCUUCAUAAAAUAUGUUCGUUAUGCAAGGAAGAGCCACCUUACGGGACCCAUGGUUGUUCACUGCAGUGCUGGCAUAGGCCGGACAGGGGUGUUCCUAUGUGUGGAUGUCGUGUUCUGUGCCAUCGUAAAGAACUGUUCAUUCAACAUCAUGGAUAUAGUGGCCCAAAUGAGAGAACAACGUUCUGGUAUGAUUCAAACAAAGGAGCAGUAUCACUUUUGUUACGAUAUUGUGCUUAAAGUUCUUCGGAAACUUCUGACUUUGGAUUAAGAAAGACUUCUGUUGCCUCUCACUUGAAAUUACCAAGUGGCUUUGAGCCUCCUCCUAAAGAACACGUUCGCACUGUGCUGAAGGGCUUUGCUAUGCAUACAGUCUGCUUUCUUGGUUUAUCGAUUUAUUUUCUUUCUAAAAGCUCCCUGAACGGCAGCAUCAUUUGGCUUGGGGUGAACAGUGUUUACUCAUUGAUCUUGCUAGACAAUAUCAAAAUACCUUCCCACAUUUUCCAGUGAAACAGAUGUUACAUAAAACAGUUGCAGCUUGGCUAUUUGGUUGAAGGGAUUACAGAGCCCAAUAAAGGAUUUAAACUAUAUUCAUUAAGAUUUUAUUUGGAAGGGUGGCUGGAGAGAGUUGAGGAUUUCCAGGACUUUAUAAGCUCUUAUUCUGGGAGAACAUAAGGCCAAUAAACUACAGGAUCACAUCAUGACCUCUUCCAGGCAUUUUUAAGACAGAUAUCUAUUCAUGUUCUUUAGCUAGAGCCUGUACCUAACUAGCAUUUGAAUAACCUAGUUUAAAAAGAGUUCAGUUAGGGUGGACUAACUUUGGACACAAAUUGGCUUCUAUUUCCUACAUUUUCACACUGCUGCCUUCCUACAGCAGCUAGACAAGGACCUGUUGGUCUGGGAAGGAUUUCACGGAUGGGGAGAGCUCCUCUUGGUGAACAGUCCAAAACUAAAAUAGAUGUUUAUAUAGAAAGUCCAAGAGGAGAUUUUUGCCAGGCCUGAGUUCUUUCCUAUCCCACCCUAAACCUUAACAUAUUACUUAGUCUGCUUUGUUAAAAGCAAGUAUUACAUUUAACUUGCCUCUUACUCUUUGCCCUUUAGCUAACUCAUAAAGUUUGAUAUAGGCAUUAUUAUAUAAUUCUGAGUCAUUCAUGGUAUCUCUUAUGUUUGAUGUAUUUUUCAAACUAAGAUCUAUGAUAGUUCUUUUUCCAGAGUUCCAUUAAAUCAUUUAUUUCCAUUACUUUCUCACCUCUGUUGAAACAUUUAGAAACUGGAUUUGGGAACCAGAGUUUGGAAAACCAGAUUCAUAGUCAUGAAAAUGGAAACUUGUAUAUUCUGUUUUUGAAAAGAUGGGGCCAUUAUUACAUUAAUUUUAUUAUAGGACUUUGCCUCGUACAAUUAAUAGUGAUAUUUUGGGCAAGGAGUUUUGGUGACCAGUUAUACCUAAUUAUAAGCUAUAAAACAACAGAUAUGAGUGUUUAUACAGUUUAACUCAGUGGAGAUCAGAAUAUUCUAUUUAUUGAGAAAAUGUUUAAUGUCAAUCUAUAAAUCUUGAAUUUCUAAGAGGCGUACUUUCUUAUUUUGGCUGAAUGAGUAUAUUUGAAUUGAUUGAAUAAUUGAUAAUUCUCAUUUUAAAUAUAAUUAUAUGCCAAAAAUAUAUUUGAUGUUAAAUCAAAUAGAUGAUUCUGUUUACAUUGUUCAUAUGAAUAAUAGUCUGUGUUAAUUUCAUUUUGAUAAUUGACCCUUAAUAUUUGUAUCUCUAAUUUUAUUUUCUCUCUGUUACUGUAAAAUAAUAACUAUAAUGUAUAACAAUUUUCUUCAGAAGAAUUCUAUGCUAUUAUUAAAAUAAAAUAUUUACUAUG